GGGCAGCGCAGUGCGAGGAGCACGGAAGAAGUCGCGAUGCGAUAUUCACCACGACCUAGAAGAGAGAAGUCAGCAUAGUCAAGUCUCCCAAAAAGACUGAGAUCUAACAACUGACUGUGGCAUUGUGAAGCAUCCACUCGACGACAAUCAAUCAAUACUAGCUGGCAUUGAUAUGAGGCGCCUAACAGCUUCGGGUGGCGUUCAGGGGCGUGCAGGGGUAUUUCAGGGCGGACGAUUCGCCCCCUCAGAAACGAUCUGACGGCAAUGACUUCGAAGCAGCCGUUCAACCGGCGAUGCCGCUUACUUCCAGAUUGAACCAACCGACUUUGCGGACAGUUCUAGGUCUUGUCUGAAGCCAUCCGGGCAUUCCAAGAUAAUUACGCGGUAGAACUCGCUCUGGGACCCAAGGUUCCAGGUCCGCCAAAUGACAACGACAACGGAUACAGCGGAGGACGGACGUCCACCGCCGACCUUUCAGGGCCGCCUCGAGCUCGACAGCUUCAGGUUCAACGCCAAUGUGACGGCCACCGGGCCACGACGAAGCCCCCGCAUUUCCAGGACGCCCUCAGUGACGGCCGUCCCAUCCGCGCGCUCUCCCAUCCCAACGUCGCCCUCCCCAGCCAAGCGCAAAGCCCUCACUGUUGCGGACGGAGGCAGUGGCGAGGGGGACGUUUCAUCUCCGACCUCCUCCUCCUCCACGAGCAAGAAAUCGACCACUCCGCGGGCCAAACGUACCCGCCAAAGCUCCUCCUACGCUCCGCCGUCAACCUACGCCCACCUCCCCCAUCUCCCCGACGCCAUCGCGCCCAACCUGCUCGUUCUCUUCAUCGGCCUCAACCCCGGCAUCCAGACAGCGCGCACGGGACAUGCUUACGCACACCCAACGAACCUUUUCUGGCGGCUGCUGCACUCAUCCGGUGUCACCCCGCGCCUCGUGUCGCCCACCGAGGACAGGCAGAUGCCGGCUAUGUACUCGCUCGGGCUAACCAACAUCGUUGCGCGCCCGAGCAGGAACGGGGCCGAGUUGAGCAAGGCCGAGAUGGACGCGGGCGCCGCGAUUCUAGAGCAGAAGGUCAGGCGGUGGAGGCCCGAGACAGUCUGCGUCGUGGGGAAGAGUAUCUGGGAGAGCCUCUGGAGGGUGCGGCAUGGGAGGGCCAUCAAGGCGAGCGAGUUCCAUUAUGGGUGGCAGGAUGAAGGGGAGAACAUGGGGGUCUCGAAGGAUGGAGGUGUGCUGGGGGAGGAUGAGAAGGUGGACGGGGUGGACUAUGGGGCCGAUUGGAAAGGGGCAAGGAUAUUCGUGGCGACAAGUACGAGUGGCUUGGCCGCUACGUUGAAGCCCAAGGAGAAGGAGGAUAUCUGGAAAGGAUUGGGAGAGUGGGUUGAGAAACGGAGGGCGGAAAGGGCUCAGAUUACAGUAACAGCGACUGCAGCUCCCGCGGCGAUGGCCACUGCCGCCGCUAUUCCCGUAACCCUGGGAGCGAAGUGAGAACUAAGGCAGCAGUUGAUACUAGUACUUCCGUACGCCGUGGUAUGGUCUGAGAAUAGGGA